AUGAUCGAAUUGCGUGGUACUGCACUACAGAAUCUGCAGGAACAGUUAAAGCAAUGUCGUUAUGUAAUUAUAGACGAAAUGUCAAUGAUUGGUCGACGUCAGCUAAGCAUAAUACAUCAGAGGUUGUGCCAGGCACGUCCUGACCAUGCUACUGAGCCUUUCGGUGGUAUGUCCUUGGUACUGGUCGGAGACUUUGGACAGUUGCCUCCGGUGGGAGACACUCCACUCUAUGUCGCAGAUUCGAAGGGUAUUUUGUCGAAUUUAGGUAGAGCCAUGUACACAGAAUUUACGGAGUCGGUAGUGCUGACCGAAGUUAUGAGGCAGUCCGGCAGUGAUGAUGCUCAAAUCAGAUUCAGACAGGCCCUUCUGCGACUAAGAAAUGCUGCCGUCACUGAAAAUGACUGGCAACUUUUUAUGACCCGUACCAUUGAGUCGGCACGGGUACAUAGAGAGAAUUUGACGCUGUUUGAUGAAGCAAUUCGAUUAUUCUCAACAGUGGAAGAGGUGGCCGAAUACAACGUCGCUUACCUACGUCGGCUAGGCAGGCCUAUUGCCUACAUCAAGGCUAUACACAAUUGUGCUGAGGCCAAAAAGGCCAGUGAAGAUGACGCUGGGGGUCUUCAUGCGAGUGUAGUCUUAUGCGAAGGUGCCCGUGUUAUGUUGUCCUCCAAUCUGUGGACAGAGCAAGGGUUAGUAAAUGGGAGCAUGGGAACGAUUGUGGCUAUACCGUAUCGUUCUGGUGGACCUCCUGACCUUCCGAUUGCUGUUGUGGUGCAUUUUGACAAAUACAAUGGUCCCACAUGGGAAGGCGAAAGAUGCGUUCCCAUUGCACCCAUCAGUCGAUCGUGGAGAACAGGAAAUAGGGAGAUGUCACGCCAACAGCUUCCACUUAAACUGGCAUGGGCAAUCACAGUACACAAAUCGCAAGGUCUUACUUUAGAUCGACCUGUGAUAGACCUGGGUAAAAAGAAAUUUGCCGUGGGACUUUCUUUUGUCGCUUUGUCACGUGUAAAACGUUUACAAGACUGUCUUUUACAGCCGUUUGCUUUCGAGCGGCUGAAGAGUCUUGCAAAAAAAUAA